AAACUUGUAAUUUUUGUUUAUAAAUUGUAAAACUCCUUAAUAGGAAAUGUUCGAGGGCAAAGUGGACAAGCAACAAAAAGGACCAUUGUCUGUAGCAGUUCCAGGAGAGGUUGCCGGUCUUUACCAAGCGUGGACGAACAACGGCCGCCGUGUCCAGUGGAAACAGCUGGUCGAGCCGUCUAUUAAACUUGCUCGAGACGGUUUCGUGGUUGGUCCGCAUCUCGCCUUCGCGUUAUCCACCAACGAGGAAAAGAUCAGGAAUGAUACUGGUUUAAAGAGUGUUUUCGUUAUCGGAGACAAACUGUUGACGAAAGGUGAUACAUGUAAGAACAUCGAACUCGCUGAGACCUUGAAAAAAGUGGCGCAGAACGGGAUGAAAGCGUUUUACCAAGAUGAUGUAGCGAAAAAUCUUGUAAAUGAUCUGAUGAAGGCUGGAGGGAACAUGACGUUGGAAGAUUUGAGGAACUAUAAAGUUAACGUGACGGAUGCAAUGGUUGUAAAUGAUGUUAUGGGGUUUAAACUACAAGGACUGUGGCCUCCGUCUAGUGGAACGCCCGGUUUUGCAAUGGUUAUGAAUAUAUUGGAGCAAUACAAAUAUAUAGAUGGUAUUGAUAAGAAUCUUUUUCUGCAUCGAGUUAUAGAAGCCAUAAAGUUUAUGCUUGCAGCUCGAAUGGAUCUUGGAGAUCCUGCGUUUGUUGAGGGGAUAUCUGAAGUUGUGAAAAAUAUGACCUCUAAGAGUUGGGCCCAAAAGAUUCAGGAAAAGAUAUCCGAUGACAAGACUUACCCACCAGAUUAUUACCGCAGCAAAUACAAACAGCUCAAGGACGAAGGGACGAGCCACUUCUGUGUAGUGGAUAAAGAUAGAAACGUUGUGUCGAUGACAACAACUGUGAAUCACGCGUUCGGGUCAGGGUUUAUGUCGACUUCUACCGGUAUUAUACUCAACAACCAGAUGGCUGAUUUCUCGGUAACAUCCGAGGAAUCUGCACCGCCCGCGAAUUACAUCGAGGCAAACAAGAGGCCUUUGUCUUCCAUGAUGCCUUUAAUCAUCACAAAGGACAAUGAGCUAGUCGGAGUUAUUGGAGCGAGCGGCGGAAUCUAUAUAAUUCCGGCGGUAAUCCAAGUGUUCCUCAAUCACUUUGUCUUGAAUAUGAGUCCUCUAGAGGCUGUGAAGAGUCCAAGAGUGUAUCACAAGUUGGAACCAAACCAAGUGUUAUACGAAAACUGGACAGUGUACAAUCAAGAUCACAUUUUGCUUAACAAAGAGACUCGAGACUUCUUGAAGACGAAAAAACAUGAAAUAGUGUCUACAUCAAUGGGAGCCACUGUUCAGUUUGUUGUUCAAGACAGACAAGUUCUGACGGCAGUUAGUGAUCUCCGGAAAGAUGGGAAGCCAGCUGCUGCUGAUGCUGCUCCAACUCUUGCUCCUGCUCCUUCUCCUAUGUUUUGAAUUUAUCAGCCACCAUAAUUUCUGCUUCAUUUCCCUUUUAAAUAUUUUUAUAAUCUAAUUUAAAUAUAGUUAAAACUUCUUUAAAUAGUUGAUUAUGUCUUUCUAUAAAAAUCUGUUAGAGCAUCUUCAUUGAGAGCUGCUCAAUGUGCCUUUCAAGAAUAAACAACUUUAAGUAAUAAAAAAACUCUUGAGAGUGUGUGA